CUGGUUGAAAAGGAAAUAAAUAAAAUAGAAAAAAGGGGGAGAAAAAAAGGGGUGGGAAAGAGGGAAAAAAAGAAGAAGAAAAAAACAGGAAGAGAAAGCAAAAUUUAGAAAGGACAUGCUCAAUCCUACUCGCAAUCGUAAAGACCCAAGGUCCGCAGGUAAUAGCCUUUGAAAUAGCCGGAGGCGAGGUUACAUCCUGCCGCUUGUUUAACGCUCCGAAUUACCACACGUGGUUAAAAGCGUCGCGCCCCUGCGCUCUUGGGCGUGCUCAAACCUGCCCGCGAUCUGGCCCUGCAUCCAAGAUGGUUCAAAUACUUGGAGUAGAGGCGGCAAGCUUCCCCAGGUUCUUGGCAGCCGGUAGUUGUAUGGUAGAUUCUCGAACUUCCUUCGUCGAUAAUGUCUCUUUAGGCGGCUAGCAUCGUCGCACCCUCAACGUUAGAGUACCGCAUAUUGCGCUAUGGCCAGCCGUAUCCUCUUAGGCGCGAUAGCGCUUCUUACGAGCUCCGUAGCCGCUCACGGCGGGCUUGCUAACUACACCGUCGGAGAUGCUUGGUACAGAGGGUACAGCCCGGACGAUCCGUUGGAGGACCAGCAGGGCAAGCCUUGGAUGGUUCAGAGGAUAUGGGCGAGCAUCGACCCGAUAUUCUUCGUAAACGAUACCGGCCUGGCCUGUAACAACCCGGCUACCGCGCCGCCGUCUUACAUUCCCGUUGCUGCCGGAGACAACAUCACUGCGGUUUACUGGUAUUGGCUACAUCCGUACGGGCCCAUGUCCGUGUGGCUAGCCGACUGCGGGGAGUCUUGCGAGAACGUGGACGUGAAUCAGCUCGACUUCUUCAAGAUUUGGGAGGCGGGUCUGGUGGAGGGCAAUAUCGUGGAAGGUGUCUGGUAUCAAAAGCAGUUCCAGAACUGGGACGGAUCUCCGGACCUAUGGCCCGUUGCUAUUCCAUCGACCAUCAAACCGGGACUCUACGUUAUAAGGCACGAAAUCCUGAGCAUUCAUAUAGAGGACAAGCCGCAGUUCUACCCCGAAUGCGCCCAUCUGAAUAUCACCGGGACGGGGAGCGCGAUGCCGUCGCCCGAGUACUUCGCCAGAUUUCCAGGGGCUUACAAGGAAGAUGACCCUUCCAUCAGGAUUAACAUCUACUCUGACGAGAUAAAGGGACAAACGAACUACACGAUUCCCGGUCCGCCGGUAUGGGACGGGUUCGUAAAUAAGUACUGCCAGAACUGUUAGGACUGUUAGGACUGUUAGAUACCUUGCUCUUGAAGCUCGCCUCGUCCAAGUACGACGUGUCCGAUACUAUACGGUCGCGCGUACCUAGCAGAGGUUUGCUUAUGGGAUAUUUACUGGCAGCUUCUUCGACGGGCAGUGAGAUUCAAGGAGACUGAUUAGGGAAUAAAUACUAUUAAUACU